AUUCGGAAUACGUCUCAGCCAGAGUGGGUGUGGUUAAGGCUGUGUCACAGGAUUGUGUUGCUAUCCCGUGCUAGCUGGUGCAUUCUGUGGCAAACAUUACUGCCUUUUUUGUCUCGCUAAAUCACCCAGCUGUGCAAACACCGUGGUAGUUUCAGAUCGACAAAGCUAUGCACAUACACGUCUUUGAUUUUUAAACAAAUCAAACAGUGCUUAGUCAUGCGCCAACAAAGCGUUUGGAGGGCAACUCAACGACCCACAUCUGGGCGCAAAGUCGUUGCUGGCUUGCUAACUUAGCAUCCUCGGGGGUAGUCAGUGUCAACAGGUUGCUGCUCAUGCGUUUGUCAUUGCGGUUAUUUUGACUAUAUGGACUUGCGUGAACGGUAACGGUGCCAUUAAAUUUCAGUUUGACGUUAGCCGAUGUAGUACCGCUUCUUAAAAGGAUCCAGUAACACGGGGAAGUCUAAUUCCCGGUCAAACUGUCAGGAUUGGACUGCAUAGAGCUACAUGAGACAGGAGAAUGUUGACAACUUAUGAAAAAUAACCAUGAACUGAAAGGACGCAAAAUGGUGAAUGUUUUCUCAUUUACACCCCCAUUCUCAUGACACCAACAGGAAGAUAUGGGCAUCCUAAGACUGGUAGCCAGAAUCAUGGGUAGGAUCAGUACAUUCAGGUCCUAUCAGUUUGUGCUUCUUCUGGCUGCUGCACUUGCUGUUGUAGCUUUUUACUACUUUGGCUCUGAGAAGCAGAACUUCUCCAGCACCACUAAGAGGAUCAAGCAGACCCAGGCCAGCCACAACACCAACAGAAAUGAUGCGGAUCUGACUGUGGACACCAGGCUCUCACAUACAGCUGGAUCGGAGGAGCAAGGAGGGGAAGGCCAAGAUGUAGGGGGAGAAGAGAGCGAGGGUUUCAGGUCAAAGAAAGUUGACAGUGAGGCUGCUGACCAACGCUACCACGCACUCAUGAUGUUCACCAAGGUGGACAAGAGCCGGAGCCUUCAGGACAAGUUCAGGGUAGCCAUGUUGUCUAUGGUGAAGCACGGACACUUUCUGGAAGGAGAGGUGUUGGUGCUUCAUUUUGUGAGUGACCAGGCCAGCCAAGAACUGGGAGAGAGGAUGCUGCAGGAAUUUCUCCUCGAUGCAACAUUUAAGUAUGAGGUGCUGUUUCAUGACGUGGUGGCUCUCACACAGAAGCUCUUCCCUAUUGUGGAGGCCAUGCAGAAGCACUUCAGUGCUGGCUCUGGAGCUUAUUACAGCGACGCCAUCUUCUUCCUGUCUGUAGCCAUGCAUCACAUCAUGCCUGAACGUCUGAUGCGCAUUGUGCAGCUUGACCUGGAUCUGAAAUACAGGACCAACAUCAGGGACCUCUUCCAAGAAUUUGACCGGUUUCCUCCAGGAGCAGUAAUAGGCAUCACCAGAGAGAUGCAGCCAGUCUACAGACACACCUUUUGGCAGUAUCGUAAGGAGAACCCUCAGACCAGAGUAGGUGAACCUCCUCCUGAUGGUCUCCCAGGCUUCAACAGUGGCGUGAUGUUACUGGACCUGGGAGCGAUGAGGGCCUCAGCUCUCUACAACCAGCUGUUGAAGCCCAGCAACGUGGCCAAACUGGCCGACCAGUACCGCUUCAGGGGCCACCUCGGUGACCAGGACUUCUUCACCAUGAUCGGCAUGGAGCAUCCUGAACUGUUUUAUUCCCUGGCCUGUGGCUGGAACAGGCAGCUGUGCACCUGGUGGAGGGACCACGGAUACGGAGACGUGUUUCAGCUGUAUUAUCGCUGUGAUGGACCUGUUUAUAUCUACCAUGGGAACUGUAACUCCCCUAUACCAGAUGACUGAUGUAUGUGCUGCACUGAUGCUGCAGCCGAGUCUAUCAUGUCUGCAGUAUAGCUUAAGGGAAUUAUUUAUCCUGCUUGUUGGGAGGAUUGUGACUUUUAAGGCAGUUUUCCUUUCUUGACCCUGGAGCCAUGGUCACAGACUCAGUCCCCUGCUGGUCAGUGGGGCUACUGAAGGGCCCUCCCACACAAGUUCAUCGGUGGUAUUUUAGAAUAAGAAAACAGCUCUGCGGUACAGCAAUGCAAGCAGAUGCAUUAGCAUUUGUUCAGGUACGGAAAUUAUGAAAUAUGAUCAGUGAGGUUCAGUUUGAGUCACAGAUCCAUUCAUUUGAAUGCUUAUCAAAUAAUACUGCAGAAGAGUUUACAUCAUUAUCAGGAAGGAUUUUACUGCCCUUGAAAACUAUCAAGGUAGUAAUCCUUUCAUUUUAUCACAAAGAUCACAGCAUGAUGUUCAAAUGAAUGUGGGGGGUUUUUCAAUGGGAAUGCAGCCUAAUGCAUCAUGCAGUCAAUGCCAUUAUUCCUUUCAUUUGCUUAUAUUUUAAUUGACUUCAAUAAAUGUUGGUAAUUGUUUUAAGGGGAAUCUCAAAGACCACUGUAUUUAAUGAGGAAUUCAUGUCGCCAAUAGAGCUGCAUUGAUCAGAUCAACACAAAACUAACCAGCAACUAUUAUGAUUCUCAAAUAUUACUUGCUGGUUGCAGCUUCUAAAUUGUGAGAAUAUUAUGCGGUUAUGUGUCAUAUUAUAAAUAAUAAAAAAAUUAAAUAUC